CGAGAAACUGGUUCUGUAUAUUAGUUGAUAACGUUGCGUAGCGAUCAGUAUUGUCAUGUGUUAGUAUGACAACAGCAUUGACAAAGUUUUCUUCCGACCAUCGAAUUUACAGCAGAUUACUGAAUUUCACUUAGACCCUCUACAAGAACUUAGAGAAACUUAAAAGACCGUAAGUUGAAUACAAAAUGACGACUUUCAUCAAGGUUUCAAUGAAUGUAAUACUAUUUGUGAGUCUUUUCGCAAAAUCAGUUCUAUCCCAAAAGAUGAGCUAUACGAUCAACCAGUUAUGGGACAGUCGAACGGUUCCCGAACAUGACAAUGUCUUUGUGCAGUUCGAAUAUGUUGAUAACAGUACCACCAACACCAGGGACUUACAAAUUAAAGUACAGGCACCAUUCUAUGACGAUCCUAACAUUAAUGAUACGGUGCCGAAAGGAUCGAUGGAUAAAUUGUGGGAAUAUGAAGUCGUAGAGGUAUUCCUUCUGGGAUCCGACGAAAAGUAUCUGGAAAUUGAAUUCAGUCCGAAAGAGCAGUAUUUGUUAUUGCAACUGCAAGGAUAUCGUAAUGUGAUCAAGUCUCCACUGUAUAUCGACAAUUAUUCGGCCAAGAUCGAUGGCAAAACGUGGUCGGGAACGUACGUGAUACCAUUUGAAUACUUACCGCCGAAUGUUGCCAAAUUUAAUGCGUACGCAAUUCACGGAACGGAUGAUGCUCGUCAGUAUUUGGCUCUCUUUCCGACUCCAUUCGGAAAGUUCAAGGAACCAGAUUUCCAUCGAUUGGAUUACUUUCAAAAAUUCGAACUAUAAUAUCAGCCAAUUUUGAAUAAAUUGUUUUCUGAAAAUUUGUUUA